AUGAAUGAUCAGAGGUACGAGCAGCGGAUGGAGUUUGUUAAAUCAAUUCUCCAUCAGAACUGUCUAGAGGCCGAGAGCAUUGAGCCUGUCGAAUAUGACAUCAACAGCCCGUUCCCCUACAACAACUUCAUAUACCGCGUCACCCUUUCAUCCCCCACAAGCACCACAAUACAAAUCAUAAGCCUCCAUUCCGAAACGCCUCGGCCGGGCACUGUACCAUGUCCGGCCGGUACAACGUCUCUUAUGGUCCGGCUAGCGAAUUCAGACCCUCGGACUGGCAUCAACAACGCUAACCGGGUCGAGAGUGAAGUCGCUUUUAUAACCCUUGCGCGACAGGCACUUGCGGCGUCUAAGUAUAGCCGUGUUGUUCCGGACGUCUAUGCGUGGGACGGCAUGUCUGAUGGUCAGGGUUUCAGUAUGCAACAGUGUAUGCCUGGGGCCAUACCCGAGAGAGCAGGGUUUAACGAUUUCUCCCUACGGGAUAAGGUAGUCCUUCUUGGACAAAUGGCUGAUAUCCUGGCUCUACUACAGGACUUUAAGGUCCCGAAGACGGUAGACCGCUUUGGGGGGUUGAGGUUUGAUCAACACGGGGACGUUAUUAGCGCGCAGAUGACUAUGUUUACGGGUGAGCCUUCUGUGACGUACGUAGACUUCCUACGUAACAUAUUCAGAGUUAAGCUCAGGGAGGCCGACGAGAACCCUGUGAUACAAGGUUGGAUGGAGGGCGGGGUACGGUCGAGACUGGACGAAUUCAUCGAUCGCCGUCUCCCGGAGGCCCUAGUUGACCACGAACCGCGAAAGGCUCUCGUCCACGCUGAUCUAACUACCAACAAUCUGCUGUUCGAUCCCAGCACCCUUCAGGUAACUGCCCUGCUGGAUUUCGACUUCUCUUACGUCGGCACGGCGGCAGACGAAUUUAUGGGGUUCUCCUUUGGCAACAUCUGUGGUGGUACACUUCCAGGGCUGUACGAAGGCGCGUCUCAGCUGGCCCUUCGCCGGGCGAUGCUCGACGGUUUCCCAGAGACCCCCCCAGAACUAGACCCGUCAGAGGUUCAGUGGGACCUCGCCGAAGCGUGGGAUAAAGAGCUUGCCCGCGCAGGUGCGGCUAGGCCCCGCACGAUAUCUCGCUUCAAAGAGAUUGCAAACAUUUACGGGCUCCAAGAUAAGGUGAGCCCCUUCGAGUUGGAUAAUCCGAUGAUGAGGAAGCGGAUGACAGCGGAGCAAUUGAAGGAGGCCCGAAGGAGUACGGAAGACUUAAUUAUCAAGUUUCUUGGGACGUAG